AUGGAAAACCUGGAAGCCAUAUAUCGCGGUCAAAGGCUGGCAGACAUAUACCCAAGCUUCUUCGAGUCCACAAGCGAUACAACCGAAGGAGCCUCGAGCGAAUCACUCACUGGAGGGCAGGGAGGCAAAAAGAAAAGGGGACCCUUUAAAAUAAAAAUACCCGUUUCGGGAAAAAGAAAAGGAAAAAGGGGUUCCCAACGUGGAUCACGGGAGGCUUUGCUAACGCCCCAUGGAGAUGAGAGUGAUGCCGACGCCGAGAAUUCCACGACAGAAGCAAGCUCGAGCGGCUCACUGGCUGGAGGGCAGGGCGGCAAAAAGAAAAGGGGACCCUUUAAAAUAAAAAUACCCGUUUCGGGAAAACGAAAAGGGAAAAGGGGUUCCCAUGGUGGAUCACGGGAGGCUUUGCUAACGCCUCAUGGAGAUGAGAGUGAUGCCGACGCUGAGAAUUCCACGACAGAAGGGAGUUCGAGCGAGCCAUUAGCCGAAGGAGAAGACAGGAAAAAGAAGAAGGGAUUGAGGAGACUAAAAUCAGCUUUCGCUGGCAAGAAACGUAGGAACGGCAGUCCCCCUAGCAGCUCACAAGAGAAUUUAGUAGCACCUGGGGGUGACGAAGGCGAGGCCGAAGCUGAGACACCUAGGCCAGCCUCAUUAGGAGUGGUGUUCGAUGCAAAUCGAUUGGCACAGACUACGGAUAUUGGCAAGGAGGUGCUCGGGAGCUUCACAACAAACGCAAAUCAACAGAAGGAAAUAUUUGAGGCGAUUGAGGCUACAACCGCAGAUGGCGACUCAUGCUUAAAAUUUGUGGUUGAUCUUGACACGGAAAGAGUUGGAUACUUUCCGCAUGAGUUGCAGUCAGUACGUCAAGGGCUUUUGAUAUACACUGCCUGUGAACGGAUCCUCGAAAAUCUGAAACAAUUUAAUGGCAUAUCGUCGUCACCCACGCCCGGAAACAGUGUCAAGGUUCUUGAUGACUUCCUGCAUCCUAGCGAACCGGUAUUUACUGUACAGACAGUGGAAGGCCAAACGGCCUCCCUAGAGGGAGUGGAGAAGACAGUCAACGUACUAAAGCUUAUUUUGGCUCCAAACGCCGUGGAGGUUGCGUUUGUGGACACGGCGCUCAACGGCUCAUGGCACACUCUCGAAAACGAAGACCCGGAAAUCUUCGCCCGUCUUCUUGACUUCGCCACCCAGAGCGGGUAUGGAGAAACUCUUGAGACCGGAAGGAAAACUGGAAAUUUUGGAGGGCUUCUUCUCUCCUUAAAGGAAAAGUCCAGCGGCUACAGCCCUGCCGCUCACACCUUUUCGCACUUGAUGAGUUCCGUCUGCUCAACGGGAGACGCUAAAAAAAGCCAAGCAGCGCUGCGUAUGGCUGCAUUUUAUUCAUUCGACGAAGUUGUUGAGCUUGAUCAGAUUGUUGCCGGGGCAUGGCUAGUAGCAAAACAGCUGUUGGUUUCUUCGAGGGACCUGACUAAAAGCGUGUCGGUCGGCAUCCCUCCUAGUGUUGAGGAUCAGGCUGGGCCUUCGUCUCACUCUGAGCCCAAACAACAGCAGGCUGAGUCAGGAAUGUCACGGCCUUCUCCAGGUAGUGCUCAUGCCCUGUCGUCAAGUGAAGCAGAAGGUGCUUCACUGUUGGAAGACUCUAGAAAACUGUCCCCCCCAACCGCUCACCACCCCGUGGCUGCUGAAGAAGCACACCCCUUUGUGGUCGGUGGAAACGCUAAUAUCAAUGCCAUGAACAUAUCCGCUACAGCCAACGUCUGCAGGUUACUUCUGGAGACUGACAUGACAAACCCACUGCUAUUCGCAUCGACUGUGCUGACAAACAUUCGUGGAUAUAUUAAUGACUCGGGUGCUGGCCUAGAGAGCACAGAAAAACAGAGAAAAUUGGCUAAAAGGUCUGACGUUUUCGCCACCAUAUACAAAUGUUUUUCGUGUGGCCUUGGUGGCGAAUUGCUGCCGCCUCUGUUCGCACCGUUUGCCUCUAUAGCAUUGCAAAUUGGCACAUUUUUGAGGGUGGAGCUCGAGGAAAGUAAAGCGCUGCCAUGGGAGAAAAUAGUGCAGACAAUGGGAGAUGGCGUGUUUAGUACGAAUGCCUAUGAGUCUGCAGUGAAGCACCUAAAGAAGAAAGCAGCAAGUUUCCUUGAAAUGUUCACACCUUGUGUGACAGAAGUGGAGGAGGCUUCUGAGCUCCUAAUGCCUUCAGAAUCAGCGAAAAAUAAGCGAACCCUUCUACGAAGCCUCAAGAAUGCAGUGAAGAGAACAAAAGGGAAGAGACGCGGGGCUACCGGAGAAAUGUGCGCAACUUCGGGAGAACUUCAGCAGCUCGUUCGUUUGCUUCUCGUUUGGUGGGUACUCGGCCCUUCAUCCAGCGAGCAAACGCAAGAAAUGACUGAAUCGUUUCAGAGUACUGCAACCACAUUCAGGAAUGCUCGGUUGGCAUUCACAUCCCUCAUUUUCAACAAUGGCCACAACCAGGCUAAGGUUGCAAUGGAGCUUGUAAAAGCAGGAUGUAAAACUAACAAGUUCGUGGUGCCACCUGGCUGGACCUUGGGGUCUAAGAAAGGCAGGCAUGGAGCCCGCGAGCUCUCCUUCAAGGACAUUUCCAAAGAUAUUAUGGCCAGCUUCAUGUAUACGGAGUCGACGUUAGGCUCACACGGUGUUGCAGACUGGAUUUUGCCGCUGAAUGCAGCGCAACAGCUAGUCGAUAUCUGCGCCCAGCAUCCAGUGGUGCAGCUUGGCGAGUUGCUUUCUACAGAUGCAGGCAACGUGAUCCUCAUGGGGCACCAAUGUAUAAAGCUUCAAGGUUAUCAGGAACCUGCUCAUCUUCCAGGCAAGGCCGCCGCUAAGGCCAUGGAAUUCCACUGUCCAGGUACACCACAAGCAGCAGUACAGCCUUAUCUUACCUGCGAUUUGGUUUCAGCUCAUGCACCACUUCGCAUGCAAAACCUGGCGGAGGUUCCUCUUCCGGAUUCGACACAAUUCUGCACCGCCUUCCGAUUUAGAUACGCGUCGCUCAGAAAGUAA